AGAGCUGACGUUCCCCGGAGGCAGGCCGACGGGCAGCAGGCACCGCGAGAUGACAGCCAUCCUGGAGCGGCUCAGCACGCUGUCCCUCAGCGGGCAGCACCUCAGCCGCCUGCCCAGGCUGCUGGAGGAUGGCUUGCCCAAGAUGCCUUGCACGGUCAAAGAGUGUGAGGUGCCGCAGCUCUUCCGGGAGCCCUACAUCCACGCCGGCUACCGCCCCACCGGCCAGGACUGGCGCUACUACUUCCUCAGCCUCUUCCAGAAGCACAACGAGGUGGUUAACGUGUGGACUCAUCUCCUGGCAGCCCUGGCCGUGCUGCUGCGAUUCAAGACGUUUGUGGAGGCCGAGCAGUUAGCCAUGGACGCGUGGUCCUUGCCUUUGCUCAUCUUUGUCCUCUCCUCUGUCACCUACCUGACCUGCAGCCUCUUGGCCCACCUGCUGCAGUCCAAAUCAGAGCUGUACCACUACACCUUCUACUUCGUGGACUACGUCGGGGUCAGCGUCUACCAGUACGGUAGUGCCCUGGCUCAUUUCUACUACAGCUCUGACCAAGCCUGGUACGACAAGUUCUGGCUUUUCUUCCUGCCAGCAGCUGCUUUCUGCGGCUGGCUGUCCUGUGCCGGCUGCUGCUACGCCAAAUACCGGUACCGCCGGCCUUACCCCAUCAUGAGGAAGAUGUGCCAGGUGAUCCCGGCCGGGCUGGCCUUCGUCUUGGAUAUCAGCCCCGUCGCUCACCGGGUGGUUGUGUGUCACCUGGAGGGCUGUGAGGAAGAUGCUGCUUGGUACCAUACAUACCAGAUACUGUUUUUCCUUAUCAGUGCUUAUUUCUUCUCCUGCCCGGUCCCGGAGAAGUACUUCCCUGGCUCCUGUGAUAUUGUUGGCCACGCCCACCAGAUCUUCCACACCUUCUUGGCCAUCUGCACCUUAUCCCAGCUGGAGGCCAUUCUCUUGGAUUACAAGAAGAGGCAGGAGAUUUUCCUGAAGAGACACGGGCCUUUCUCGGUUUAUCUCUCCUGCAUCUCUUUCUUUGGCCUGGGGGCUUGUAGUGCCAUCACAGCUUACAUCCUGCGAUGCAGGAUCAAGGCCAGCCUGGCUAAGAAGGACUCCUGAGAGUCAUGAACGUGAUGGGCAUGAUGUCACUGGGGUGGUGGAAAUCAAGAAGAGGAGUGUAACGUAUUAGAGACAUAACUGUCUUAUUUGCCUAACUUAUUUGCUGUGACUAACCAGGACCCUGGACUCGGGUGGAGGGUUGGAGACAUCAUGCUGGAUGCAUUUCUCGCAGCAGGGGCUUCCUUUUGCCAUCCAGGGCAUCAUGGAGUUUUUGAAGGCAGAACAAGACAUUUAACCAAGGAUGCUGGAAUAGGCAGAGGUUUCUUGUUUGUCCUGGUAAACCUGCAUGUGAGAUCUUGCUGAAUGUCAGGGAGGGCAGCCUGAAGGCUUUGAGACUGUAGAAGGGUCUGCCAGUGUUCACAACCCAGUGGAGAAGGCACCGUGAGGACCGUAACUAGGUGUGAUGGCCUCUCGGGUUUGCCAUCUCUGUUAUCUGGGGGAGACCUGUUGGCUAUCAAAGGUUUCAGGAGGAGUCUACACUUCUAGGGUUCAUCUGCAAGGAUGUGUGUGGCAUGGUGGCUGGUACAGUCCUUUUCCUGCCCCAGCUGGGCUCAGCCAGGUCUCUCUCAAUGGUCCCCUUGUCAAGUAAGUUGAUGCCAGGUUGCUGAGGUGGCUGUAGCAAAGCAUGUGUUCAGUUCUGGGCCCCUCACUACAAGAAAGGCAUUGAGGUGGUGGAGCAUGUCCAAAGAAAGGCAAUGAAGCUGGUGAAGGGUCUAGAGAAUAAGUCUUAUGAGGAGCAGCUGAAGGAACUGGGUUUGUUUAGCCUGAAGGAAAGGAGGCUGAGGGGAGACUACCUUGCUGUCCUCAACUCCCUGAAAGGAGGUUGGAGCGAGGCAGGGAUCAGUCUGGUCUCCCAAGAAGCAAGUGACAGGACCAGAGGAAAGGGCCUCAGGUUGUACUGGGGGAGGUUUAGGUUGGACAUUAGGAAAAUUUUCUUCCCUGAAAGGGUUGUCAAACCAUGGAACAAGCUGCCCAGGGAAGUGGUGGAGUCACCAUCCUUGGAGGUAUUUGAGAGACAUGUAGACAGGGACAUGUUUUAGGGGUGACUUGGCAGUGUAGGGUUAAUGGUUGGACUCAAUGAUUCUAAAGGUCUUUUUCAAUCUAAAUGAUUUUAUGAGUCUAUGUCUGGGGUCAUCUAGGAUGCACUGAGUCUGAACCUUAGUCCUGUGUCUGCCAGUGACUCCUGUGGGUCCAGCAGAGGUGGAGAUGUUAAGUCAGCUCCAUCUUUUCAUGGCUGUACCAUCUGCAGUGGAGCUGUUAAUGAAAAGCACGGGGUCAGGCUGUCCCAGGGAUUACUAACAAGAGAUGAGAUCUUUCUCAGCAAUUUGCAUUUGACCUAAGAUAGUGGCAAUGCUGAUGGCUUUUUGGUAGCCUACAAGACAGGUCCUCAAAAGCUCCUCACUUCCUUUUUAAGUGCUCAGUUGUUUUUGAGGAGCUAGGACUGGGCAAGGUUAGAGAUGGCUUUCAGCAUUCCUCAGUAGCAGUGACAGAGGUUGAGUACCCUUGAGGCCACCAGCAUUUGAGGCACUGGCCCCAGAAGU